AGGGAGGCUUGAGCAAUGACCAAAGACUGCCACCUGGAAUAUUUGCGCAGGUAUCACCGCAACGUUUGCCACAUCAGUCAAUUAAAAUCAGCGACGGUCGUAGAACAUAACAUCGAUGCGCUGCUGGUAUCAAUGAGGAGCACCUCAAGAGAUCCUCCCAAUAAUACCCUCCUCCUGUGCUUUCAACGCUGGACAGACCGUUUCAGGCUUUCACAUUGAAACUUGCUCCUGUGUUUCCCCGGGCUUCGGAGAUGCACCGAGCCACCACUGCACAUCUGCUGUUGCAUUCAUUCGAGUUUUCUCUUGGUGCUGAGGCCGCACUCUCGUGCUCCUUUGUCUCCUACUCUUGGGCCCAGUUUUGCAGCGUUGCGAAGGACCAGAAGGGCAGAUGAGCGCAAAAGUGUGCGACGUCAGUGUACAAUGAAUCAACAAUGUGCUUCAAUAGACAUGGCGUCGAUUCAUUCUGGACCGGGAAGGAUAAUUAGCAUGAUUCUUCCCAUAUUUAAAAGUUCCUUCAAUCUCAAAGCAAGUAGCUUAUCGGAGGUGUGAGGGAAUCACAGGAAACCAUCGUUUGGAAGUGUUGCAGAUUUCAAGAAAGAGUUGUCUACGACGAGUGCUCGACACGAAGUACAAGGUGGGGAGAAUCAUGGAGCAAACAUGGGUACCCCAAAUGCCUACUACGAAACUGGAGCUUUUUUCCAACAAGUAUUACGCAGCUUGUGCAUUGAGCGGUAUGAUAUCCACUGGCUCGGUUCAUUUGCUUGUUACCCCCUUCGACAUGCUGAAGGUCAAUAUGCAGGCUAAUCCCCGAAAAUACAAAUCUAUUGUAAAAAGUUUUGGCAUAAUUUACAGUGAGCAAGGACUGAAAGGUAUAUGGAAGGGCUGGGGAAGUAAGCUUUGCGGCUACAGCGCUCAAGGAGCAUUUAAAUUUGGUCUUUACGAAUACUUUAAGAAGUUUUACAGCGACGUAGCUGGUACAGACUACAUAAGGCUGAACAAAACUUCGAUUUAUGUUGCUAGCAGCUUAUCUGCGCAGAUCAUAGCAGACACGGCAUUAUGUCCGUUUGAAUCAAUCAAAGUGCGAGUACAGACGGGCUACGCAAAGGGUUUAACUGAUGGAUUACCUAAAGUGUAUCGUGCAGAAGGACUCACUGGGCUGUACAAGGGCCUUGUGUCACUUUGGGGACGCAACCUACCUUUUGCAGUACUCAUGUUUUCUACGUUCGAGCAUUCAGUUGAUUUUCUUUAUGGGAAUAUUAUCCAUAAACCUAAAAACGAGUGCUCAAUGGGCGUGCAGCUCGGGGUCACAUGUAUGGCUGGUUACAUGUCUGGGGUGGCGGGUACCAUUAUCUCUAACCCAGCGGACAACAUGAUAACUGCUAUCAACAAAAGGAAGGGCCUCUCUUAUGUGCAGGCUGCUAAGAGCAUAGGACUUGUAGGGCUAUUCACAAGAAGCUUGCCGUUGCGUGUGAUGCUCGUGGGUCCGUUGGUUACUGCGCAAUGGUUCUGCUACGAUUCCAUGAAAGUUUUGGUUGGCUUGCCUACGAGUGGAGGUGUGGAGCACUUGAUAAGUGACCAAGACGGGUUGUGAUUACCCUGCAACAACGAUUCUUAUAUUUUGGGCUACACGAAUCGGUUUGAAUUAUUUUUCGAUGUAAAUGUACUUGCUUCCGUAGAUAUUGACGAUUUCGAGAGAUCAGUUAAGUCAACAAAAUCUCGAAAUAGAAUAUAUACAGGAAAAGUUCCCACUAAAUAGUGAACGAUGAGAGAAUUCGAUUUAGAAUAUGGGAACUGCAUUGAGUUUGUCAUGAUGUUUUUCGUCACUUGGAACACAUGAAGAUAGCGAAUUGGUUACAAUUUUGGACGCUUUUCUAACCCUCUGAUAACUCAGAAAAAAGAUUUCUGAGCAUUCUCAACUAA